CAGCAAACGACGUCGUUCCUUCCCUCCGUGCGUCCUCUAACUUUCCCCGGUAUCUCUUGUUUGUCCCACACACAAUGAAGAAAUCGGAUGCAACUUUGGUGGUUUUGCAUUAAUAAACUAUUUUACAAAGCUUUAAAACUUGCCAAUCUCAAACAAUUCUUCCCUCAAUCAUCAAUAUUCUCCUUGAUUCCUUUCUGGCUUUUCUUUUCUUUUCUUUUUAUUAUUAUUAUAUCCUUUUCAAAUCUCAUACCUGAAAAGUGUUCUUAUCCUUGCACUCAACUUUGUUACCUCCAAGGCACCAUCUCUAAGCAUUUUUCUCCAGAAAUAGGAAGAAAAAUAACAAAAGGGUUGAAGUGCAAUUGUGGUUUGGAUUGCUGAUUUUUCCAAACCAUGAUCUUGGGUUUCUUUUGUGUUUUUGCCUUUUUCUUCAAGUUGUUCUACCACCUUCUUUGAUCUGAACCCUUUUGUCAUCACACCUAUAUUGCUUAUGGAUGCUUUAAAUUUGAGAUUUUGGGAUAAGGGUCGUUGAAUUUUUUUGAUUUUCCCUGGUGGAUCUUGUUUGUUAUGUGUUAUGUUUCUUUUAUCACAUGUGAUGGUCUUUCUGAGCACUUCAGAGGAAGAUGGCUUCGCAGGAGACUCACUCUUGGACGUUGGGAGGACUUAUUGGUGCCUUUAUUGACCUUUUCAUAGCUUAUUUUUUGUUAUGUGGAUCAGCUUUUGCUUUCUUUGUGUCCAGAUGGUUCUGGUUUAUUGGGUUUUGUUUGCCUUGCCCUUGCAAGUUGAGUUUUGGGUUUAGGAAUAGCCGUUUCUGUUUGCAUAGAAUGCUCUUUGAAUGGCCUUCAAGGAAAAUAUGUUCCAUUCAAGUUAUGGCUGUUAAGAGGCUCCCUUUUGAUCUGUUUGGGGUGGGUGCCAAUGAUAGAGUGUUUUCUCAGAGAACACCUGAUAUUAGGGGUGUUGAGUUGGGAGAUGAUGCAUCUUGCAGUUCAUUUUCAGAACCGCGUUUUCUUUCCCUCGUUGAUAGGGAAAACGUGUAUGAUGCUAAGGGGAAGAGGGUCACAAAACGAAGGUCUGGAAUUCGGCGCCGGAGGAAGACUGGUUAUGAUUGUGUGAAAGUCUCUUCAGCAGUUCCUUCAGAUAAUCUGCAAUCUCAUGUCGUGCUCGCUCCUUGCUUGCCUUGUGAUGGCAGUAAUAUUAGAGAUAAAACCAGUGCAAGCACAAGUCCUUCCUCAGGGAAAGGAGUUAGUGUAGUUGAUGUUGAAGAUGGUCAAACUGGCCAUGAUUUGGAUGAAAACACCUGUCAUAGUUAUGAAUUUAAUGGAUCAAUGGUUGAUAGUCCAGGGCAGGACAGAUGUUUAGUGUCAUUGGAACACUACAUGAAUAAUGCGUGUGACAUUGUCCAGAUUGUUGGUAAUGAAGAGGAUCGUAUCAAGAUGUUAGAAAAUGCACUUGAAGAAGAGAAAGCUGCCUAUGUUGCUCUUUAUCUUGAGCUAGAGAAGGAGAGAGCUUCAGCUGCUACUGCUGCUGAUGAAACCAUGGCUAUGAUAUCGCGUCUGCAGGAGGAGAAGGCGUCAAUGGAAAUGGAAAUGAAGCAAUACCUGAGGAUGAUAGAAGAGAGAGUUGCUUAUGAUGAAGAAGAGAUGGAUAUUAUGCAAGAGAUCCUUAUAAGAAGGGAAAGAGAGAACCACUUUCUGGAAAAGGAACUUGAAGCUUAUAGGAAGAUGGAUUCAAAAGGAAGUGACCAAUCAUAUGGCAAAGCAAAGGUGCAAUAUAAUGAAUGGGGACAAAGACCUUCAAUUUCAGUUGAAACAUAUGAAAACUCAACUGUUAAGAAAGGUUUAAUGUCAAAUGUAUCCUUGAAUUAUAUGGUUGGUCAGACUUGCAUCAAUACAGAAAGUGGAGAAGAGCUGGAGAAAAACGCACAACAUAAGGAUCAAGUGCAUGAUACUGAACCUGAUGUUCUAGAUGUCCAUGUCAUUGAUGACAACAUAGAACUAAGGAUAAAGGAAAGUAAAAUUUUAAAUAGCUCUUCAUUGAGUACUGUUACAAAUGAACUCACAAAUAGAUAUCUUGAAUUUGGAAGUCUAACAGUACCUAGCAAUAGUAUAUUAACUAAUUGUCCAAGUCCUGGUAAUAGUGUUGAUGGCACAACUAGUAAGUUAUCCAUGUUCUCAAACCCGGGAUGCAAAAGUUUGUCUUUUGAUUAUGGAAGUGAAUCAAGUGCAGUUGAGAAUGAAAAGUUAAAGAUUUUCAAUGAGAUUGAAAUUCUUGGAGAAAGGUUGAAGAUGGUAAAACAUGAAAAGGAAAAAUUGUCACUCUUCGCACAGAACGGAGAAAGUGAAAAAGGCCGGUUGAAGCUUCUGGAGGAGAUAGCAAACCAUCUUCAACAGAUUAAACAGUUGAGAAACCCUGUGCGUGGGGCUUCAUUGCCCCCUUCCUCAACUAAGGUGAGCUCGAGGAAAAGACGUUGCCAAAGUGCUUCUUCGGACAAAUGUGAAAGCAACUAAAUCAUGUAAAGUUUCACCAAGUUUGCGGCUUGACAACUUGUACAUGGCAACAACCAUUUCGGGUAGCUACUAGAAUUCAGAAGUACUUUCCUUUUACCAUUUUGUGUGUUCUAUUAGUAUGUAUUAUAGUCCUCUAGGCUAAAUAUGUAGUUAAAAUAAAAGUACAGUUUUGAAUAUUAUGCCAGGUAUAGGUGUCUUUUGUCCCUCCUUGGGAGGAUAUGUGGCUCAAAUGGUGGAAUGUGAACUGUAUAUAUCUUUCUCUUCAUUGUUCUUGUUCUUGUAGCUUCAGGUAUCAUGUCUAUAGAGGAUAGAGGACAGCUUAUGAAUGUAAUUAUUGCUUUCAUUUCUUUAUGCAACAACUUUAUGUAAUAAUAAUAUUAUUAUGUGCUUGUCUCUGUCA